AAUGGAUAGAACCAAUAUCUCUUAAACUAUCUAACCUAUGACUAUUAGUAUGAUCAAAAAAGGAAUGAAAUCUACAUUACAUACAUAAUUAGAUUAUGUUAUUAAUGAAGGCCAUCCAAUUAAUACUAUAUUAAUUGUAGGCUUCUCUGUUGAAUUAUUGAUUAAUAGUGAUUUACAAGAAUUCUAAGCAUUAAUUGAAGAUAGUACAGGCAAUAUUUAAGUCAUUACACCCUUAACACAAUAAUAUCCAUAUUGGUUAGAUGUAAUCAAAAUUAUUAUUAACAUAGAAACUAAUCUAAGAAAAUCCUAAAUAACCAUCAUAUGUAAGAUGUAUCAUUAUUCCUAAAUAAUUUAAAUAAGAGAUUGUAUUUUAGUGUGUUUAUAUGGAAUUAAUCAAAAAUUUUAAUAUUAUCACAUUACAUUUGAUUGAUUGUAUUAAAGCAUAUGAAUAUCGUAAAUCCAUUUCAUAUUUAACUUAAUUAGAUAACAAUUAAGAAUAAUAAUAAUUAAUCAAAACUAAAUCACUUUAAUAUCAAUCCUCUUCUAUUCUCUAAUUAAUUGAAAAAUAACCCUUAUCAAAAGAUAAAAUUUUAGAACUUACUAAUAUAUCAGAAUAAUUAUUUCAAUAAUGUUUAUAAUUUUUAGCUGAUCAAAUAUAAUUAAAUGAAAAUGAUGAAUAUUAUAAAUUAUAACAAUGA